AUGCCUUCGUCGUUGAGGAACAUGCCGCCGGUGGCCGCGGCGGCGACGGAGUGCCGGCUCAGCGGAGAAGGGGAUACCAAGCGAGACAUCAUCCCCGGCAAAGAUCACAAGUGCUUCGUGCGCCUGCACGGCGACCUGAUCCUGAGCUACCGGCUGCGCGCUGUGGGAGGGCCCAAGAGACCCACGCUCCUGCACCAGGAGCCUACCCGGAGAUUCGACAAACUCUUCGAGCUCUUCGACGCCGAUGCCUUCUUCCAGAGCUACCUGGCCUGCCGCGACGCCAUCCACCAGAUGCUCGAGCAGACGCCCCUCGUCGGAGACUUCGACCUCGCCCCCGACAACUGGGACGACUUCCUGCCCCAUGAUCUGGCCAUGCUCAUGGUACGCGCGGUUCGGCACGAUACCGAUGAACAUGGUGGUGUCACCCUUCGCUACAACGUCGACAUGGAUCUCACUAUUUUGGUGAAUAUCGUCUACAGCGAGCCCAAGGCGCUGCUCCUCGCGUGCGAGCAGCGUGCCACGGUGACUCGAUGCCUAUUCGCGGCGACGCCGACCGACUGCCCUAUAUGCAUGGAGGAUAGUGACACCACCGUGAGGGUGAGGCUGCCGUGCUCCCACUCCUUCCACUGCGACUGCAUCUUGCCGUGGUUCUACAAGGUGGCCAAGUGCCCAAAGUGUCGCCAUGACUUGGGCAAGUACCUUGUCGCCGCCACAGACACCCCAAUGGGGAAGUUCCCCGGCCUCCCCCAACAACCCUGA